GUGCCACUCAAGCCUGCGCCGCAACACUGGGUUUUGUGUUACGCUCCGCACACGAAGAGAGAAGUUCUUGAGAUUUACAACGUGGAAAAGGUAGACUGCGACGACCCAAGGCUGUCGACUUUCGCGGCGGGGGCCAACCGACCACGAGGCAAAGAGCCAAGACUCGCUGGCAGGACUGUGGUGUCAAGUCAAGUCGCCAUGUCUUGACAAUCCAGUGCGACGAUAUGGGAUGGCAAAUCUCAAUAUUUCGCUACAUGAGCUGAACCAUCGCGUGUGAUCAUCGCGGAUCCCUUUUAUUACCUUUUAUUGUCAAGCACUGAGGGUAAAAUGCUCAUGCUACGGUACUCACAGUGGGAGCAUCAGCAGCAGUGGUGACCCACAUCUCUGGCCUGACCAAUGGUGCCUGGGACUCUAGCACCCCGCCCUCGGCGCGCUCCGAGUUCUUUCAUUCACGAAUGGAAUGCACUCUCUUGCUACCAAUUCCACGCUGCCGUCAUGACUGUUUCCUGACAUGACACUGGUCGGGUACGACGCCAGCUUGACCACCCACAACUGCCACCUGGAACCGGGGCAACCUGUGCGGCGUCUUUGAUAUCAAGGCCUGCCACCUUAGUUUCCCUGAAGCUUCAGCUGCGAUUGUACCGUCUUUGGAUUUCUCCUCACCAUCAACCAUUACCACCCUGACCAACUAUAAGCUCUUUUCUCUCCCGGCGCUUCAGGAUGUACUGCCAUGUUUGCAUCCAGACGCUUCGGGACCGCCACCGGGGAGUGAUGGAUCUCCCUAAUGGCGUAAUGCUCUUACAUCAUCAAACCUACUCGUCUUUCAAGUCAUCGGCAGCUUCUUGUGCCAUCUGUACUUGUCUGUGGGAAAAGGUAUCACGCCUACCGACUGGAUUCGGCGGCAUGGUUGAGGACUGGAUUGCAAAAGGUGAUAAUGAGGCACCGCCUGAAGCCCUGCCGGACCGGUGGCCGGUAUUUGAAUACGCUCGUCGGUAUUACGCAACAACUUUGUCGCUGGUUGAGAACAAGGCUGCCGCCGCCGCUGGAUUAGAGCACGUUAAAUUCUAUAUUGAGGCGAAUUGCAACAUCCCACCAACGGCGUCGCACUUGAGCUGUACAUCGGCUGCGGUAGCUUACAUAUGUGUGUUUGAUCUUGUUGAUAUUCACGACAGCCCAACCAACCUUCUUCAAUUUGACGAUAACACUUUCGCUGCAUCGCCAAGAAGGAUAGCUUCAUCUUGGAUCGACGAGUGUCUUUCGAGCCACGCACUAUGUCUCAAGGCCGGGUCUGUGGACUCAGGAUGGCUGCCAACCCGCCUCAUUGACGUGGGUCGGCAGGGAGAAGUUCAGAACGUGCGUCUGGUCACGACUGCCAGCGAGCCUACUCUUCUGGGGUCAUUUGCUCGAUAUGCGACACUUAGCCACUGCUGGGGUACGGCUUCCUUCUUGACUCUAACCAAGUCUCGGUUCGGAGAUUUGUCUCGAGGCAUUCCGCUUGCAAAUUUACCCAGGACCUUCCAGGAAGCCAUCACCGUGUGUCACCAUCUAUCAAUUGGCUACAUCUGGAUCGACUCGUUGUGCAUUAUCCAAGAUGACGUGGACGACUGGCUUUCCGAGUCUGUGAGAAUGGAAAGCGUGUACGCCAAUGGCUUCAUCAACAUUGCCGCCAGCACCUCCCAGGAAAGCUCCCAAGGCCUUUUCCGUCGACGAGAUCCCAGCCAAAGUCCUGUUCGGCAUCCCCUGGAGGUGGAUUUUGAAGGCACAAAUGGAGCGGAUUGUGAAGAAACUACAGAGUAUGAAGAGCAGCAAGAAUCAAAACAAAAAGGCAGACAGUUGCACAAAUGCUUGAUUGUAUCCCGAGAGGAGUGGAUGAGCGACGUGGAACAAAGCACCCUCGCCAUGCGAGGCUGGGUACUCCAGGAGCGUCUUUUGUCGCCUAGAAUCCUGAUCUUUGGAAACCGUCAGAUCUAUUGGCAAUGUUUUCAGACUUUGCGUAGUGAGGAGGGAACACCGAUGCUGCGACCUAUUUAUGACAAGGACAUCAAAAUUCCUUUUGGUCGUGCGCUCAAAGAUCAUCAUGAUUGUCAAGGAGAAGACGGGACCAAAAGGCUCCUGGCACUAUGGAAUCAGAUUGUCAGUAUUUACUGUCGCGCUCAGCUCACAAAGCCUACGGAUCGUCUCGUAGCUCUAUCAGGUCUGGCCAAGGCGUUUUCGCAGAAGCUACCGCAAGAUAAAUACCUAGCCGGAAUGUGGCAGAGCAACCUGCGUCUAGAUCUUCUCUGGAAGUGCAAUUAUUAUUUUGAAUAUUACUCUCUCGCCGCUACUCCUUCAUCCUCAUCGUCGCCGAGUCUCCAACAAACCGAGUAUUGCGCCCCAACCUUUUGCUGGGCAUCGGCGUCUCUGCCUAAUGACAUUGAGACAGUAUCCAUCUCAGAAAACCCCAUAGUGUUUUAUUUUACAGUCCUGGACUUGCAAUUAACGCACAAAACCGAGGAUACCACCGGCCCUGUAACCGGUGGAUAUUUGGACAUUCAGGCCAAAUUAAUCAGGGUCGUGUUGUCUUUUACUGAGGCGUCUACAACAUCAAUCCGGGGUCCGGGAAUAGUGCCAGUAAAUAUCAAUUUCGGCCUUGAUAGAGACGGUAAUCCUGUAUCCCCACUGGGAGAAAUAUAUGCUCAGUUCGAUCGCGCCAUUGAACUUCACAAUGAUGACGAAUUGGUAGUCUAUUUUUUCGUGGCCGCGGUUGAUGUCUACUUUGACAGCAGCGACGAAACGGAGGAUUCUGGUGGACGGUCAUGGGUCGCCCUAGGGGCUACAUGCAUGCUUCUCGAGGUGGUGGACAUGGAGUCUGGCAUUUACCGUCGCAUCGGCAUGGCAGAUCGGCUGGAAACAUUUCUCAAGUACAAGGGGGAUGAUUUGGAAAACCCAGAGCAUGGCUUACUCAAGGCUCAUGGCUUGCCAGAUGCGCCCAUUCCAAAUAGGGGACGAAGUGAUGAGGAGUAUAUCUUUCGAAUUAUCUAG